AUGUGGAAACCACUCGCUUGUGCUGCUGCUUUGCUCUCUGUUGUCGCUGCCGACCCGGCUCCUGAGUCCCACGACUCUCCUGUUGGAGCUUCCUACAGAGCCGCUUUUGAAGAGGGUGUGGAUGGUUACGUCAAGUUUUCCUCCAAGAACGGCUCUGUCCUUGUGGAUGUCGACAUUUCCGGUUUGCCCGACUACGGUGGUCCUUUCAUGUACCACAUCCACGAGUUGCCUGUUCCUGCCGACGGCAACUGCACUGGCACUAAGGCCCACUUUAACCCAUACAACGGUCACGAGAAGGCUGAUACUCCUGCCGAAUUGGAGGUUGGUGACCUUUCUGGCAGACACGGCGAGAUCGAGGCCCAGUCUUUCCAGACAUCCUACAUUGACCCAUACCUCUCGUUGAACGAGGACAACGAGGCCUUCUUUGCUGACUUGUCGGUGGUUGUUCACUUGCACAACACCACCAGAAUUGCUUGUGCCAACAUCACCAAGAGUUUUGACAUUCCUGAGGAGAAUGCCGGUGCCAAGCCCAUGGCCAUGGGUGCUGCUGCCUUGGUGGCUGGUGCCGCUUUGAUUUUGUAG